AUGGGGAAUUUCUGGGAAGGUGUGGCUUUACGUGGCUGCCCCUGGUUCGUUGAGAAAGUGCCACCGGAGUCAGCGCUGCUCACUAGCCCUAAUAAAGCAGAGUUUGAGGAGUUUGUUGAAGCCCAGGAGGCUGAGGGUUUUGAGGUUAACUACUCAGCAUCUAAGCCACAUUACCGCUCGGGUCAACAGGGGUUCAGGGUGCAUGAAAAUAUGUGGUUUGAGGCCUACUACAGCUACACACUUCGCCUCUCUUCCAUCAUGAAGCUGCUCAGCCUGGCCUGGGUGGUGGCUCUGAUCGUUUCCAUGGUGCCAGGUUGCUCUGGUUUCACCACACGAAGUCAGGGUCUCCGUGGCCGGGUCCAACGAGACCGUCGGAACAUACGGCCCAACAUCAUUCUUAUCAUGACUGAUGACCAGGAUGUGGAACUUGGUUCUUUACAAGUGAUGAACAAAACUCGUAAGAUCAUGGAGGAUGGUGGUACCACUUUCACCAAUGCCUUUGUUACUACACCAAUGUGCUGUCCAUCACGUUCCUCAAUGCUAACGGGGAAGUAUGUUCACAACCACAACACCUACACCAACAAUGAGAACUGUUCGUCACCAUCUUGGCAAGCCCAACAUGAACCCCGCUCCUUUGCUGUCUAUCUCAACAACACUGGAUACAGGACAGCUUUCUUCGGGAAGUACCUCAACGAAUACAACGGCAGCUACAUUCCGCCUGGGUGGCGAGAAUGGGUGGGACUGAUCAAAAAUUCCCGCUUCUAUAAUUACACCGUCUGUCGGAACGGCAUCAAGGAGAAGCACGGUGCUGACUAUGCCAAGGACUACUUCACCGAUUUGAUCACAAAUGACAGCAUUAACUUUUUCCGGAUGUCCAAGCGCAUGUUCCCACACCGACCGGUGAUGAUGGUGAUCAGUCAUGCAGCACCGCACGGACCCGAGGACUCUGCACCCCAGUACUCCGAGCUCUUCCCCAACGCCUCCCAGCACAUAACACCCAGUUACAACUAUGCACCCAAUAUGGACAAACAUUGGAUCAUGCAGUACACAGGCCCUAUGAAGCCCAUUCAUAUGGAGUUCACCAACUUCCUGCACAGGAAGAGACUUCAGACAUUGAUGUCUGUGGAUGACUCAGUGGAGAAGAUCUAUCAGACACUGGUGGACACUGGAGAACUGGACAACACUUAUAUAAUUUACACAGCAGACCAUGGAUACCACAUAGGGCAGUUUGGCCUGGUCAAGGGGAAGUCCAUGCCAUAUGAUUUUGACAUCAGAGUGCCCUUCUUUGUGAGGGGGCCCAAUGUAGAACCAGGGGCGGUAAACCCUCAGAUUGUCCUGAACAUUGAUCUAGCUCCCACCAUCCUGGAUAUUGCUGGAUUGGACACUCCACCUGACAUGGAUGGCAAAUCAGUCCUCAAGCUGCUGGAGCAGGAAAAGACAGGCAACAGAUUCAAACCAAACCGAAAACCCAAAGUCUGGAGGGACACAUUCCUCGUAGAAAGAGGCAAAAUCCUGCGCAAGAAAGAAGACACAGGAGGCAGCCUGAACACACAGCACACAAACAGCUUGCCCAAGUACAAGAAGGUGAAGGAGGUGUGUCAGCAGGCUGAGUUUCAGACACCGUGUGAGCAACCAGGACAGAAAUGGCACUGUAUCGAGGAGAUCACAGGGAAAUGGCGCUUACAGAAAUGUAAGGGCUCUUUGAAGGAGGGUCCAAGGAAGAGAACCAGGAGCCUGGCCUCACGCGGUUAUAACAGCCGCGAGAAAGAGUGCGAUUGCGGGGACAGACCCUAUAAAAGUGCCAAGGCAGAGCGCCGUGCCCAAAGGCAGUUCACUCAAGGCAACAGCCAGCGCUACAGGCCUCGGUUUGUGCACACCCGGCCUGCCAGAUCUCUGUCAGUGGAGUUUGAGGGCCAGAUCUAUGAUGUGGACCUGCAGGCCGACGAGUCAUCUCUGCGACCACAGCCAAUCAGCAAACGGCAUUAUGAGCCAGACGAAGCCUUUGACUCGGACUUUGGACUGGAAUCAGACGAUGGAUCAGAAGAGAUGCUGGCUGAUGACACAAACGCUGUGGGAUACCCCAACUCACUCAAAGUCACACACAAAUGUUAUAUACUAAUGAAUGACACGGUGCACUGUGAGAGAGAAAUCUACCAGUCUUCCAAAGCCUGGAAGGACCAUAAGAGCUAUGUAGACCAAGAGAUUGAACUGCUACAAGAUAAGAUGAAGAAACUGCGUGAGGUACGAGGUCACUUGAAGAGGAGAAGACCAGAUGACUGUGACUGUGGAAAGAAAAGCUACUAUAGCAAAGAGAAAGGGCAGAGAAACAAACCUGAAAGAUUGAAGAACAGGAAUGACCAUCUGCACCCCUUUAAGGAUGCAGCGCAAGAAGUGGAUGACAAGACCCAGCUCUUUAAUGAGAUUCGGAGGAGAAAGAAGGAGAGAAAGGAAAGGAAGAGGCAGAGGAAAGGGGAUGACUGUAGCUUGCCAGGCCUCACCUGCUUCACACACAACAACGACCACUGGCAGAGCGCCCCCUUCUGGAACUUGGGAGGGUUCUGCGCAUGCACGAGCUCCAAUAACAACACGUACUGGUGUUUACGGACCAUCAACGAAUCCCACAACACCCUCUUCUGUGAAUUUGCCACAGGGUUUCUGGAGUAUUUUGACCUGAACAGUGAUCCUUAUCAGUUGACGAACACCGUAUUCUCCGUGGAGAGGGAGGUUCUGAAUCAACUCCACCUGCAGCUGAUGGAGAUGCGGAGCUGCCAAGGACACAAACAGUGCAGUCCUCGACCCAAAAGUCAGGAUGCAGUUCACAGCCAGCAUGGGACGGACGAAAAGGUUAAGCUGCCGAAUUUCACAGAGGAUGUCAACUGGCAAGGACUGGCUGACUUGUACAGUGUCAAUGAAAGUCUAUAUGAACGCAGGCACGACUACAGUCCCAGCCUGGACAACUGGAUGAACUUUCAGAAGGAUGUAGAUAGUAUGUUUGCACUGCUGAGCAUUUUGAAUAAACUCAAUCAAACUGAUAAGCUUGACCCCCUGACUGAGACGGGCUCAGGUGCCGGGGCCCUGGAGGACUCGAGCGGUGAGGGGGCUCCUGUCGGGGGCAGCUGGUCCCCCCCUGCGGUCACAAUAACCCCCAUCAUCCCUGGCUCACACAGCACAACCGCCAGCAUGCUUCAUGGGACGAACGUGUCGCUGAAUGAUCUUCCUGAGGGACUUCCGACCGUGGCCAGCUUUAGGAGGGAUCGGUCCAGAGGGGAUACGUGGAUGCAGGAGCUGGAGAAAGGGCUGGAUAACGAUGGGUUGACCUUCAGCGGCAAUGGCCUCACCGAGCUGGAAACGCACCACGACUUAUUUCUCCGCGCCUCCAUCAACCUCCAGGCGGAGCUGGGCAUUAGUCAGACUUUGGAGCACCAGGAGGAGGAUGAUGAGGACAUAUUUGAAGCCCAGGGUUAUCUCCCCCUGUCACCUCAGCCGGCCAGACCUAACACACAGGUCCGUGACAGUUCCAUACCUCCAUCGGAAGCGCCCCAAAAGACGGAGACUGUCACCCUCUGGCCGCUACAUCACAAGUCCCAGGACCCUCAGGACUCAGAGGGCAGUGGCUUGGACAAUGUCUCCUUCAAUAAAACUGUCUGA